AUGGCUCCAGAACCCCAGGAACCGUCCGAUGUCACCAGCGCGGAUCCUACCACAGCGGUCUCCUCGACAUUAACUCACCGUGGAAGAACGAAAGAGGACAAGGAGAAGUUCGUUCUUGAGCAGAUGGUCCAUCGGGACACAUUGCAUUUUGAAGCGAUCGUAUCCGACCAGAACAGUCGACAAAUCACAUACAACAGACGGAGGGACGAGAUUGAUGAUUACAGGAACGUCCGCGGACAGUACAGACAAUUCUUUCCACCACGGAAACUCUACGGGGAAGGAUACGCAGGAUAUGGAAACGGCUAUACGGAUGGUCCGACAAAACUCAUAUAUCCCAAUGCGAAACCGCGACUGGGGCAUAGGAAAACGCCAAAAUUACGAAUCAAGCGCAAGGAACUAGCGCAACAAGCUGACCAGGUCGAGGAAUUGGUACCUGUGCGACUGGAGGUGGAUUGGGACAAGGUCAAACUUCGCGAUACCUUUACAUGGAAUUUACAUGACCGCACUAUCCCCCCCGACCUUUUCGCCGCAACAUUGGUGGAAGACCUGGGUCUUCCUCUUCCAACGUUCAAUCCAGUACUGGACCAAGUUCAGCAGCAGUUGCGCGAACAACUUGGCGACUUCUAUCCUCAAGUUUACAUCGAAGAGGAUGCUCUCGAUCCCGAGCUGCCUUACUCUGCUUACAAGAAUGAGGAAAUGCGAAUUCUGAUCAAGUUGAAUAUCACGAUUGGGGCAGUCACUCUGGAAGAUAAAUUCGAGUGGGAAAUCAACAACCCAAUGAACUCACCCGAGGAGUUUGCGCGCAGCAUGACUAGGGAGCUACACCUAGCUGGGGAGUUUACCACUGCGAUAGCGCAUUGUAUACGGGAACAGAGUCAGUUGUUUACAAGGAGUUUAUUUAUUGUUGGACACCCUUUCGAUGGCCGGCCAUUAGAGGAUGCGGAUUUGAUUGCCUCGUUCUUACCAUCGCCAUUACCAUCUGUUCUUAGACCUCAGCAGCAGGCUCGAGAAUAUGCGCCAUACUUGUAUGAAUUGAGCGAAGUGGAUUUAGAGCGAAGCGAGGUCAUCUACUCUCGAGAGCAGAGGAGGCAGAAGCGGUCUGUCAACAGAAGGGGUGGUCCAACAUUACCGGAUCUCAAAGACCGGCAACGGACGGUUCGGACGCUUGUUGUAUCCAAAACACUUCCUGGCGCGGCCGACACUGUAGAGGAGAGCAGGUUGUUCAAGAAAGUCGCUGUUGGUCGUGGGAAGAAGGGCCUGCAAGGAGGCGAUCUCACAGAGUCUUCAGACAGCGAAGACUCCUCACCAGAGUCACCAGCUAUGUCCAAUCUACCCCAAGGUACCGCAAGGACAAGGGGUAUGAGAGGGGCGGCUACCGCUGCCCAACAAAGAAUGGCGAAUAUCGGGAGAUCCGAAACGCCUGAAGCAUCAUUAGCUCAUCAUCACGAAACUCGUACAUCUGCUCGAAGGUACGGCGGACGUGAUGUUCGAGAAGAGAGCGUGGAUAAUACGACGCUCAUCGUGAAAUUGAAAGUGGGACGUGAAAGGUUAAGAAAGUGGUCUCGAGAACUGAAAGCUAGAAGCCAAGCUCCUCAAACACCGUCUUUAAGUCGAGCACCUUCUGCCGCUGCUGUUACUCCUGCUCCUGGGACGAUGGGCCCUCCUACAACACCUGGCUUAUCAAGUCAAACACUCCAUCAACCGCCACCACCAACUCCAUCACCGGCUCCAGUUCCUCAAGGACAAAUUGGGCGCGUCGAGGCUCCACCACCACCUCCUCCAGGCCAAGCGCCGCCACCUCCGCCGCCCCCUCCCGAAUGGCUUGCAGCAGGGCUCGAAGCUCUCCGUCAAGCAUAUCCCGGUGACCGUUUUGAAAGUGUUAUGAAGCAUUUAGCUGUCAACAAAACGACAGAUCUUCCAAUGCCAGCACCUCCACCAGAUCAAGCCGACACGGUCAAGUGGAUGUACCUGCCCCGUAUACGAUGCCAAGACUGUCCCGGAAAACUAUAUACCCCAGGUCCGGAGGAAACUGUAAACAACUUUGAGGUUCAUUUGAAAAAUCGAGCACAUAGAGAAAAAGUCGAUGCUAGGAUCGCAGGGAAAAAGUAA